UUCAGCUUCAACGGGCAGCCACAUACAAUACAAAGCCUCAAGGCAAAUACGCCAAAAGCUUCAAAACAGGCACACACUCACACACACCAUGGCAAAGAAAGCUUCAAAAUCUCGAAAAUCUUCCUCAGCCUCUGCUUCUGCUGAAAACCCAACAACUGGGAAAAUCGCGUUGAAGAUAAAAUCAACGGGGAAGAAGAUGAAGAAAGUGAUGAAGCAGAGCAGACCCAAUUCGGGAAACAAGUCCAAGACUACGCCGAAGAAGAAGGCAGCGAAAAUCGAUGCCAAGAAACCCAAGAAACCCCCCACUGCUUUCUUCUACUUCUUGGAGGAUUUUCGUAAAGAAUUCCAAGAAAAGAAUCCAGAUGUCAAGUCAAUGCGUGAUAUUGGCAAAGCUUGUGGAGAGAAGUGGAAAACAAUGACAUAUGAGGAAAAGGUUCAAUACUAUGAUAUAGCCACAGAGAAACGAGCAGACUUUGAUAAAUCCAUCGCAGCAUAUAACAAAAAGAAGGAAAGCGGAGAGGAUCAAGAAAGUGAGGACUCAGCGUUUGAUGAGUAGGACCGUUAGGAUUAUUUGUUCUGGGAAGAAGUGUUUCUGUAGGAACAGCAGAAAUUUGGGAAAUCAGUUGUAUAUAACUUCAUGGUUCUUUGGAACUACACAACUGUAUAAUCUUUAUGUAAAUUACUGUUUGGAAAUUGCAUUCGAUUUGAUACAGAAGUACGUGAUUUUUGGUGGCUAA